UUGCACUCCUCAUACCGUGAAUGAUCACCGCCUCUCUGCUCUUUGGACUAUGGUAUUGGUGUUUGUUACUUUCAGUUUCAUUCAAUUCGGUUCGGAACAAGAAACGAAUUAAGACAUGCCACUAUUAUUAUCCAUCGAAUAAUAGACACUGGAGAACUUUAGAUUUAAGCUUUGUACUGCCCUCUCGGUGUGCCUUUUUAAAAGUGAAUGGUGUAAUAUUAAUGUACUUGGUACAUGUACAACUAGGAAGAGAACAAAAACUGUACGAACCACCGACGCAUGGAAGGGAGCCGUUCCCCAUCGCUGCUGUUGCUGCUGUGAGCAUGAUCUUGAAGGUCACCGCACCGAUUUACUGCAUGACGACGACGUCGACCGGUUAUUGUUCCAUGUGCAACUGUAAGACUAGGUACGCCUAAGACGUGUUUAUCAAUGUGCAAAGUGGUGUUAUUAUACGAAGGAGAUACGAAUAAAAAGUAAAACAACGAUAGUGAAAAGUUAACUACAGGAAGUUGAUUAGUAGUUCAGACGUCGACGGGAGAGACAAAAACAACAACAACGGCGUGAGUUAACGAUGAUGCUGCUCAGACGACGAACCGAUGGUUUGUUGUUGGCUUCGAUCGUCAUCUUUCUAAGCGUGCUGCAGACUACCAGUGCAGAGUACAUCCCACCAGGGCCCAAGUACUUGUGCCCGGAAAAACCAAAACUCAUCUACCCCUGCGUGUGCACCCGAGGGACGGACGAUGGAAUUUUUAUUACCUGUGAGAACUCCAACCUGGCCAGCCUCUCGGUGGCAUUCAUCAAUUUGGCCAGUCUGAAUGUGCCCAUCGAAGAGCUGCACAUAAAGCGGUGCAAAAUCAGAAACCUCUUCGGUACUCUACUUCACAAGCUGAGCGUGAAGCGGCUGCACGUGCUCGAUACACCCAUUGCCACUAUAAGCGAUCAUGUGUUCUACGGGAUCAACGAUACGCUGCUGGAGUUGCACGUGGUGCAGAGCGAGCUGGCGACCUUCCCGGCGGAUGCACUGAAAAUUCUGGGACACCUGAAAGUGCUGAACAUCGAUGGACAUCGGGUCGAAAAUUUGCCCAAGGAAGUGUUUGGAGGGAUGACCUUCGAAGGAACGCUGGAAAAGUUCCAUUUCGUCAAUGGGCUGCUAAGUGAUAUGGGUCAGGACAUUUUUAUGUCGUUCAAAAAGAUUAGAACUUUGGAUAUUCAUGGCAACCGGUUAGUGACGUUGAAAAAGGGUCAAUUCAAAGGACUUCGCGAGGUGGAAAUUCUUGACUUAAGUUUCAAUAAUCUCACCAAGCUGGAUGCAUCGCAUGUGUCGGAUCUAACGAAAAUGACUUGGGUCAAUGUAUCGCACAAUGCACUGACGGAAAUUACGAGGGGCACGUUCGCACGUAAUGCGGUGCUACGGGUGCUGAACAUGUCGUUCAACAACAUCAAGAAGAUUGACUCCAACACCUUCAGGGGGAUGAGAUUUUUGCGACGGCUGUAUUUGCACGACAACAUGAUUGCCGAGGUUGGACGAGGAACGUUCGGAUCGGCUACGCGGAUUGGUACCAUCGAUUUGGCCAGGAACCGGAUCAAGAAGGUGGACUACCAGAUGUUCUUCCAGCUAAACUAUGUAGAGAUUGUUAACUUGGCAGAAAACGAGAUCGUCGAAAUACAAAAGGACUCCUUCAAGGAUCUGUAUCUCACCCACAUCAAUAUAUCGUACAACCGGCUGGAAACGAUUGAGCCAAAAUCCUUCAUCAAUUGCGCCAACAUGACGGUACUCGAUCUGUCCCACAACUUGAUCAAGAGCAUUCCUCGAAACGCAUUCGACGAAACGACCUACGCCUCCGAGUGGAUCCUAACGCAUAACCUACUAACCAAUAUGUCCCAGAUUCCCCUUGGGAACAUGACCGGUCUACGGGUACUCAACGCUUCCUACAACAAUAUCGUAGACAUUCCAAAGAAUUCGUUCCCCAAACUCUACGAAUUGCACACGAUCGACGUCGCACACAACAACAUCUCCCACAUCUACAAUGCCGUUUUCCAGAAUAUUUUUUCACUGCGAAUUCUCAACCUCAGCAACAACGCAAUGGAAAAGAUUGGUCCUUCCACUUUUGGGACACUGCAUACACUUCUCGAGAUGGAUUUGAGCAACAACUACCUCCGAGAUAUAACCCGUGGUGCACUGGCUAAAAUCAGUGGUUUACGAAUCCUCAACAUGGCACACAACAAACUGGAAAGACUGUUCCAAAUUCCAAUCUCGUUGAACCAUGUCAACCUAGCGUAUAAUGAAAUCAGUGAAAUUCCGGAUAAGACUUGGCCUAGCAUGAACUCACUACUCUCGCUGGACCUGAGUUACAACAAAGUUGGAAACAACCUCCAGCGUGGAAGCUUCUCCGGUUUACUCACACUCCAACAGUUGAACCUGGAAGCUAAUGAAAUCUCCGAAGUUCCACGAGAUAGCUUGUCGGAUUUGGGGUCUUUGCAGUACAUCUACUUGAAAGAUAACAACAUUUCAACGUUGCCAAAGGGAGCCUUCGGUAACCUGCCGAUUUUGUUUGAAAUUCAUUUAGUGAACAAUGGAUUGAGUAGCAUCAGCGGAAGGGCUUUCAAUGGUCUACUGCAGUUGUUGACGCUGAAUAUGUCCAAUAAUUUGCUAAGAACUAUCCCAAACGACGCCUUCCAUGGGUUGGUGUCACUGCGUAAGCUAGACGUUUCGCAAAAUCUGCUUAGCACUUUGGACAACAAGACGAAUGGGUUAUUGGAUGAAUGCUUGAGUUUAGAGGAAAUCGAUUUGAGUCACAAUAGAUUUAAUACCAUUACAAAGAAAACAUUCCCCUCCAAUCAAUACAUUCGAUAUCAGUUGAAGAAGAUAAAUUUAAGCUACAACGCAAUGUCCAUCGUGACUCACGAUAUGAAGUUCGGUACCAAAACGGUGACGGAUCUGAAUCUCUCUCACAACAACAUCAAAGACAUUCGGCCGGAUGUUCUGGGUAAUCUGACAUCAUUGCGUAUAUUGGAUAUGUCGUACAAUGAACUGGUCAAGAUGGAAAGCGACGUGUUCAAUAUGCCCGAGAACUUUUCUGAGCUGAUUUUACACAACAAUCAAAUAUGGAACGUGAGCUACGAUAGGUUGCUGAAGUUGAAUCAUCUGACCAAGGUGGAUCUGAGGGGAAAUGAGAUUAAAACAUUCGAUUCCGAGCUGGUGGGCAAAAUGAAGUCGUCCAAUUUGAAAGUACUGUUUGAAGGAAAUCCACUGCAUUGCGAUUGCUAUACGCGUCCUUUGUACAACUACAUGAAAUCAUUGCCAUCGGUCCCGGAAGAGUAUCAGAGCAUUCGUUGUGCGGAACCAGCAACCGUUUCCGGCACAUCACUGUACAACGUCACUGAUGAGCUCCUCGUUUGUGUUCCUGCUUCGGAUAAGGAAAUCUAUCAGCUACUGCCUGAUCUACGCUUCCGCGAAGUUGCCUUCUUCCGAGGUCAACUGAUCGUCCACUGGUACGUUACUGCCACCAAAGAUAUCGGCGACUUUUACGUAUACAUCCGAGAUCCGAAGAACAACAUCAUCUUCGAACGGGUCGUGUCCUACAAUGGUCGUUUGACGGCGAUCAACGUAGCUGACAUCAAGGCACGGGAUUCGUCCGCUCUGGAGCUGUGUGUACUGGCCAAAAGCAGUAGCGAGGAAAUCAACUUCCUCGACCGGCAGUGCGUGCAUCUGCCGGAAGAUCUCGAUGCGGUUAAGCUGAAGUACAACGAGCACUACAACUACAAACUACCGCUAAGUUUGACGGGCGGCCGAAACGGACGCUCCAGUAGCUGUGAUAAUGCUGUAAAUAAUUUAGUGAUACUAGUAGGUGCCGUCGUUGGUGGACUGCUGCCCAGAUGGGUUCGAUUGUAAGGCGAUGGACUGGUGAUG